AUGGACAAUCCAUCCUAUCUCCCCCUAAAUGGGAACGUGGACACUCCACCCUGUCCCCCAAAAACGGGCACAGACAGCCUACCCUGCCCCCCAAUCCUGCUGGGCUCCAGCCUGACUUCACCAAAACCAGAAAUAAGCAGAAGGGCCAGGCACAAAGUCCCCCAAGGGCCUUCCCGAGGGGCUGCCCAGGCUGAGCAGAGCAGGGCUGGAGGAGCCCGAGGGCUGGAGGAGCCGGGGAGCCGCAGCUGCCCCUCGGCUGUCCCGGGGGACGGGAGGCACCGGCUGCCGGGGCUGCGUGCCCUCGGGGGGCUCUCCGGACAGCCCGCAGCCCUCCUGCGAGACAAACCCGGCCGGACAAUACUGACCGAAAACAAGCCAGCAUCCAUGGGGGGGCUGCGUGCUGCCCGUGUCCCCCCAACCUCGGCGGAACCAACCCACGGCUGCAGCCCCCCAACCCCGGGGAAGAACCCCCCAUACCCGGGGGAACCAACCCACGGCUGCAGCCCCCAAUCCCGGGGAAGAACCCCCCAUACCCGGGGGAACCAACCCACGGCUGCAGCCCCCAAUCCCGGGGAAGAACCCCCCAUACCCGGGGGAACCAACCCACGGCUGCAGCCCCCAAUCCCGGGGAAGAACCCCCCAUACCCGGGGGAACCAACCCACGGCUGCAGCCCCCAAUCCCGGGGAAGAACCCCCCAUACCCGGGGGAACCAACCCACGGCUGCAGCCCCCAAUCCCGGGGAAGAACCCCCCAUACCCGGGGGAACCAACCCACGGCUGCAGCCCCCAAUCCCGGGGAAGAACCCCCCAUACCCGGGGGAACCAACCCACGGCUGCAGCCCCCAAUCCCGGGGAAGAACCCCCCAUACCCGGGGGAACCAACCCACGGCUGCAGCCCCCAAUCCCGGGGAAGAACCCCCCAUACCCGGGGGAACCAACCCACGGCUGCAGCCCCCAAUCCCGGGGAAGAACCCCCCAUACCCGGGGGAACCAACCCACGGCUGCAGCCCCCAAUCCCGGGGAAGAACCCCCCAUACCCGGGGGAACCAACCCACGGCUGCAGCCCCCAAUCCCGGGGAAGAACCCCCCAUACCCGGGGGAACCAACCCACGGCUGCAGCCCCCAAUCCCGGGGAAGAACCCCCCAUACCCGGGGGAACCAACCCACGGCUGCAGCCCCCAAUCCCGGGGAAGAACCCCCCAUACCCGGGGGAACCAACCCACGGCUGCAGCCCCCAAUCCCGGGGAAGAACCCCCCAUACCCGGGGGAACCAACCCACGGCUGCAGCCCCCAAUCCCGGGGAAGAACCCCCCAUACCCGGGGGAACCAACCCACGGCUGCAGCCCCCAAUCCCGGGGAAGAACCCCCCAUACCCGGGGGAACCAACCCACGGCUGCAGCCCCCAAUCCCGGGGAAGAACCCCCCAUACCCGGGGGAACCAACCCACGGCUGCAGCCCCCAAUCCCGGGGAAGAACCCCCCAUACCCGGGGGAACCAACCCACGGCUGCAGCCCCCAAUCCCGGGGAAGAACCCCCCAUACCCGGGGGAACCAACCCACGGCUGCAGCCCCCAAUCCCGGGGAAGAACCCCCCAUACCCGGGGGAACCAACCCACGGCUGCAGCCCCCAAUCCCGGGGAAGAACCCCCCAUACCCGGGGGAACCAACCCACGGCUGCAGCCCCCAAUCCCGGGGAAGAACCCCCCAUACCCGGGGGAACCAACCCACGGCUGCAGCCCCCAAUCCCGGGGAAGAACCCCCCAUACCCGGGGGAACCAACCCACGGCUGCAGCCCCCAAUCCCGGGGAAGAACCCCCCAUACCCGGGGGAACCAACCCACGGCUGCAGCCCCCAAUCCCGGGGAAGAACCCCCCAUACCCGGGGGAACCAACCCACGGCUGCAGCCCCCAAUCCCGGGGAAGAACCCCCCAUACCCGGGGGAACCAACCCACGGCUGCAGCCCCCAAUCCCGGGGAAGAACCCCCCAUACCCGGGGGAACCAACCCACGGCUGCAGCCCCCAAUCCCGGGGAAGAACCCCCCAUACCCGGGGGAACCAACCCACGGCUGCAGCCCCCAAUCCCGGGGAAGAACCCCCCAUACCCGGGGGAACCAACCCACGGCUGCAGCCCCCAAUCCCGGGGAAGAACCCCCCAUACCCGGGGGAACCAACCCACGGCUGCAGCCCCCAAUCCCGGGGAAGAACCCCCCAUACCCGGGGGAACCAACCCACGGCUGCAGCCCCCAAUCCCGGGGUGCCCUAUGGGGACCCUGGGGACACCGAGCCGUGCCCGCCCCAUGGGACCCUGGGGACACCGAGCCAUCCCCGCUCACCACGGGCUGGUGUGGGGGCGUGCCUGCGAGAGCGCCCCAAAUAG